AUGCCUCUGCGCAUGCCGCUCAUCCCCCCCCGCGCCGCCGCAACAUUCACCCGCCGCCUCUACUCCACCGAGACCGAGCCUCUCAUCCGCGUCACCAACAUCCCGGCCUCCUCCUCGGGCCACAUCCGCGUCCUCGAGCUCAACCGCCCCAAGGCCCGAAACGCCAUCUCCAAGGCCCUCCUGGCCGCUCUCCGCGCCGAAGUCGACGACGUCCACGCGCAGUAUGGCCCCAACGGCGAGGAGACGCGCGUAGCCAGUCCCGCCGUCCCCGCCGACCUAGGACCGACGCGGGCAUUGGUCCUGGCGAGCGCCGUCGACGCCUGUUUCUGCGCCGGCGCCGACUUGAAGGAGCGCAAGGGCUUCACGCAGCAAGAGCAAGUCGAGGCCUCCCUGAGCCUAACGGCCCAGUUCCUCGCCAAUCUCCGCGGCACAUUCACAGCCCUCUCGAACCUUCAAGUCCCCACCAUAUCGGCCGUUUCGUCCCUCGCCCUCGGCGGCGGCCUCGAGCUCGCCCUCUCGACACACUUCCGCGUCCUCUCGUCCAAUGCAACCGUCGGCCUUCCAGAGACGCGGCUUGGCAUCAUCCCCGGUGCCGGCGGUACCCACCGCCUCCCAGCCAUUAUUGGCCUCUCCAGAGCCCGAGACUUGAUCCUCACGGGCCGUCGUGUCGCCGCGCCCGAGGCCUACUUUAUGGGCAUCGCGGACCGUCUGGUCGAGGUGGUGCCCGAGGACGAGCGCGAUGCGUCGGACAUUUUGCCCGCCGCCCGUAGGACCACCCUGGCCGAGGCGGUCAGACUCGCGCAAGAAAUCUGCGAAGGUGGACCGGUCGCCAUUCGUGCCGGGCUACAGGCCGUUGCCUGGGCGAGGCAGGACAAGGAGAAUGAGAUGUACGAGAGAGUAGUGGCGACCGAGGACAGGAACGAGGCAUUGAGGGCAUUCCAAGAGAAGAGAAAGCCCGUAUUCAAAGGGCGAUGA